UAAUACUAUGGUAUGACUGAAUUAAUGUAUUGUUAUUAUUUUUAAAUUAUAAAUAACUCUGGAAAUCGUAAAUUUAUUACAAAUCGCAGCAAUAGAUAUAGUGAACUUAUACUUAUACCACUUUAGUCGCUCACAUCGCGUAUUAAGUUGAACUGCUUCCUAUUGUGUUUUUCUUUUAGUGUACGUAAAAAUGUCCGUAGUAUUAAGAAAUGACAAUAAAAUAUUUUUAAUAGGGUCUUUGACUACUCAAAUUUUAGGUUCAAAACUUCCAUCCAUUGGACAAGUUCUAAAAGUUUUUUUUUAUAACCUAAGAAUUGUUAAUCUUACUAUAAGAGCAAAAGCAGUAUUGACUAUUCGCGAGUGUAAUAUUUUCUGGGAAAUGGACGAUUCCAUUUCAACCGAAAUAAAAAAAUUAAUGGUUGUAUCCCUUAAUAAUGAGUCAAUAAUAAACCCUAGUAAACGUUUUAUUCUUUCAUCGAGUCAUAUUGACAAAUCAUUUUCAGAAAAAACUGUAGCUUCUUUUUUGUCAAAAAGCAGUAUGAAAUUUUUCAAACGAUUCGAUAUCAAUACUAAUUUUUUAAAUUUGGAUCCAAGUAAUUGGAAUACUGAUAAUUUUUAUUUACACGAAAAAGAAAUUGUAUGUUCACUUAAAGUAGUAAAUGACUCUGCAGAUAAAGCGGUUAAGGUAAUGGAAGAUUUUCAUGAAAGUUUAACUGUAAACGAUGAAAAAGCUGAGUUACUUUUACACUGUGUGUUCAAGAGCAUAGAAUAUUAUAUCCUAAUUGCAACAAAAAAACAUUAAAACAUAGUUUUUAAUGUAUAUUUUUGUUAUAAUUUGUGAAUUAUUUUGAAUUUAACAUUUUGUAUUUUAUAUAGUAACUUUUUUUUAAUUUAUACAAUAAUAUUGAGAAGUAAGUAUCAUUAUGAGUUUAAGUCAAACAAAUACAU